CCUAGAACUGGUUGAUUCACUUAAUUGUUCAACUGUGAUGUGUCUCGAGUCCAUCCCAGCCCGCACUGUGAUGGAGGCUCCACCCCUGGAGUGGUGUCAUCCUCAAGGCCACCCAUGGCUAUUGGCUGAUGGUGUCAUUGUUCCCUUUAUCCCGUCCAUGCCACAAGUGCCUCUCAUGAUUGGGUCAACUGAACAAGCAGCCACACAUUUUCUGUGUUCUUGGCAGGAACGUCUUGGCAUCUCACAUCAGCAACUUCUUGUUGCAGCUGUUGACGGUUUGCGACUGAAUGAAGUUAAUUAUGGACAGCCAGUGUGGUCUGGUAGUCCUGCAUAUGGUCAUGUUAACUGGCCAGCAGAUAAGGGUGUUCAAAAUGUCUGGCCCAGCCGCACAGGUGAGCAAGGCAGUUAGCCUCAGCCUCCAAGAAAUGAUGAGAGUUCAGAAUUAGGCAGCAUAAAACCAGGAUCAACAGAGGCAGAGGCUGCCUUGGAAUGGUAUUCUAAUUUGAAAGAUGAUCCUUGGCUUCUCCUUACCACUUUAGUAUCUGAUGCUACUGUUACAUGUCCUACCUUGGCCACUGCUGAAAAACUAUCUAGGACACUCUCUCAUAAUCAUCCCACUGGGACUGAAGAUGUACCUGUUUAUGCUUAUGUGUCACGCCAUGCUCGGGUUAGCCGAGCUGGAGCUGUGGCAGAUGGAUUGUCUGAUAUCGAGUCAAUUUUAGGAGUAUUUCAAUCUCAGACUGACGAAGAUGUCCAAUAUGCUCGCACUAUGCAGGACUUGUUUUUUUCUUUGUGAACUAUGGCUCCCCAGAGUGGCAGUCUCCCACACCUGCUCACCUGGGAGUGUACAUGUUAGAUGGAAAUAUAAAUGUGGAACAUUCAAGACUCCAGUGUGAACAUUGGUCCAACUCCUCCCACUUAAUGAGAAGAUUUUAGUGAAUUACAAAUUCUAUCAAAUAAUUCCUUAAAGUAUGAAAUACUUUAUUCAUUAUUUUGCUGGGAUGGACUCCUGAUACUUUUAAACUUUGUUUGCUUUUUUCUAGGGGGAAGGGGGGGGGGUUUAGAUUGUGAAAAGUUGAGUAUACUCAUGUGAAUAUAAAAAUUUAUUGCAUAGGUUUCCCCAGUAAAUUUUGCAUAGAUUAAAGUUUUCUGCUUUAUAAAAUAUUGUAGCUCAAUUUAUUAUUUAAAUUACCAUUACCACUGUGCCUUUUGAUAUACAGAAAUCAUUGCAGGCAAAUUUACAGUUUUCUCAAAGAUGGAUGUCUUAGUAAUAACCUGAGAAUACCUGUAAUGACAGUCUUGAAACCAAUGAUUUAGUACCUACCUCAAGAAGGUUCUCUAGCUAGUUAAUCAUUGGGAUAAUGACUUGAAAUUUGUGUAUUGCACAUAAAUAUGUUUAUUUGAGAGAUCUUUUGUAGAUUCUCAUAGUAUUAGAAAAGUGAAAUGACUACUGCCGAGCAAUAUAACACUGCCACAUUGCCUCUGAUCUCACUGUGACUUGUAAUGCAGGAACCCAAGUCUUUCACCAGCUCGUGUCACAAGCCAAAGAUAAUGAGCUAAGAUGGUGGAUAAAGGUAGGCUGCUAAUUUGGGGUUAAUGUUCUGGGUUGAAGAACUGUACAUAAAUAUUUUAAAAGAAAAUAAUAGAUAAGCUUUUAUUGUUUUUAAUGUGUGAAGCAUAGCUAUUUGUCUGACCAAAUUAUUCUGCUUAAGGAAUUGAUAUAAGCAAGUAUCUGUGUGUAAUAAAGUCUUAGAUUGGGUUUAUCAGUAUUUUUACACCUAUUUUUAUAUUCCAUAACUGCUCCCAGUAUAAUCAGUGAUAAAUGUAAUGAAGAUUAACAAAGGUAAUUUAUUUCAUUUUCAUAGAACAAUGACUAAAAAUUUCCCAAAUUUAAGCAGACCACCUGAACCCCUCUGACUUAGCCGAUACUACAAAUUGUACAGUAAAUGUAACACUU